AUGGGUGGCUUCGGCACGAGCACGCCGCGCUCACUGCAGACGGCGGCCAAGAUCCACCGCCUGCUCAGCGAGGCGCUCGCGCGCGGCGUCGUCGGCCGCAGCAGCGCGCUGCAGGACGGGCGCGCCAUCGCAAUCAACCGCGUCGAGAUCACGAGCAACCUGCAGCUGGCGCGCGUGCACUGGGAGCCGAUGGGGGGCGACGCACCGGUGCGGAAGCUGAGCGCGGCGCUCGAGCGCAAGCGCGGCUUUCUCGGCGCCCACGUCAACUCCUUUCUCCGCCAAAAGUUCGGCACGCGCCUCGAGUUUGUGCUUGACGAGCAGGCGGCGGCGGCGGCCGGGCUGGACACGCGGCCGCGGAGGCAGCGCGAGAGGGCGCAGCGGCGCGAAGCCGCCGCGCAGCGGCUGGAGGAGGCGUUCCGUGGGUUGCAGCUGACUGGCGUGGCGGCGCAGCGGCCAGAGGAGGCGCCGCCGCCGAGGGAUUUGCAUUUGGCAGAGGAGGCGGAGGAGGAGCGUGGGCCUUCUCCAGAGUAG